AUGAAGUUAGUCCGAUUCUUGAUGAAACUGAGUCAUGAAACCGUGGAGAUUGAGCUGAAGAACGGGACAUUGGUAGCAGGAACCAUUGUUGGUGUUGAUGUGGCUAUGAACAUGCAUUUGAAGAACGUUAAGAUGACAUUCAAGGCCAAGGAUCAGUUAGCUAUGGACAGUGUUUCAAUCAGAGGUAUGUUUUCUUGCUUUAUUUGGCUUUGUCUUUAGGAUAGCGUGAUUUUUGGGAUAAUUCAGACGUUUUUGAUAUGGUUUUUAUUAAUUUACAUUAAGCGUUUAAAGUAGACGUGGUUUUGGCUGUACUCUUUUUUAAAACGCUCCUUGAUCUUUUUAAACUUUGUGCAAUUGUACAUUAGUGCUUUUCUCAGUUAUUUCCUAAAACAAGUCUUCAAAUUUUAAAUGUUUUGUACUGCUGUUGCUUAUAGCUUAUGUUGUUUACGAAAACCGUACUUUUCAUUACAUUUUAUGUUCUACUUUCAGGAAACAACAUCAGAUACAUCAUCCUUCCCGAUCACUUGACCUUGGACACAUUGCUAAUGGACGACGAGCCAAAGAAGAAGCCAGCCCGAGGAAAGAGUCGGUUUGCUGGAGCUCGAGGUCGUGGAGGACGUGGCAGAGGUCGAGGAAUCCGUGGACGGCAUUAA